UGUGUUGCUUCUAUCAGCCAAUUCUGCGAUCAUCUAACAUGCAAAAACGGCGAGCCGGAGUUCAGCUCAUCAAAUACAAGUUGCGUUUGCCAUCACAAUCCUGCGGAUUAUCCGUAUCAUAUAUGCAAAUCGCUCUAUACUCGAAAUAGUCCUACCUAUACCGAGUCGUCGCAGGCGCUGCGAAAUUCUGGUAUGGACAAGGAGCGGAGGCAUAAGAAUUCGUUCUCAUUCCUUGGUCUGACCAUUCCAUCGUCAAUCGUCACGUACAUCAUCAUAGGUCUCCUUAUUGGGGGAAUUUUACUGACGGCGAUAAUUCUGGUGGUCGGAAACCGGAGGAGGCAAAAACGACGCGAGGAUAAUACUCGUCAAAGACAAACUGCUCACGAAGCCCUGCUGAUGCAGCGAGCCGAUGACGAUCGAUAUCUACCCUCUGUGUGUGGGUUUAUCCAUGUAGAAAAUAGUAUAGAACUUCCACAUUCUCUGCACAUAUUUUGACACUCGCAGGGCUGUACGGACUCGAAUCAAAUCUAGCUUUAGCCUGUCAACAAUAACAGAUUCAAGUGCUUUAUUGCUAGUCACUCCUACAUACUAGAUUGUCUUGAAUGUCUCGUCACAACAUGUACACGUCACUGCGCCGUUUGAUACGGGCUUCUAAGAUUUUACAUAAGUUGAUACUGAUAGGUUCUUACCUCCGUAUUUUAUUAGGGCGCAGUCAGGAUAGCGCAGCUAUAGAUUUGAAUCAAGUCUAUAGAACUUUUUUUGCUAGUAGUGCAUAGUAUCAACGUUUGUUAUUCUUUUCAUUAGCUUCCACUUCACCGCAAUAACAAUCAUCGGGUAAUGACCGAACUCCGUCAAUGUCCGCUAAAACGUUGGUCUCGGAUUCUAUACCAUAAUCAAAACUGUAUCCCUAACUUCAAAAUUUUGUUUCUACCUAGCUUAUCAGUCAUUGAUGGUUUCUCAAAAUCAUUGCGGAUUUUUCUUUAUACAAUUAGAUACACUUGUUCUGUAUAUUUCAUGAUGAUUAGUUACCGUAUAUCUCUCAUUCUUAUCAAGUUAUUGCUCCAAAAUCUCAUGAAAUUCGCAUAUAAUGAAGUUUCUAGAAGUA